UUUAAGGAAUAAAUAAUGAUAGGCCAUUCAAUAUGGUGAAAUUCAGCACGAGUUGGACAGAAUGUUGUACAAAGCACGAACCGAAGGUGAGUGCAUUUGUACUAACAUUCUGUCCAACGAGUUGGACAGAAUGUUGUACAAAGCACGAACCGAAGGUGAGUGCAUUUGUACUAACAUUCUGUCCAACGAGUGCUGAAUUUCACCAUAUUGAAUGGCCUAUCAUUAUUUAUUCCGAUUCAAACAUAAAAAUUAGUAAAAGCCGUGUCUGUGGAACGGGCAUGAAGGAACAGCUAUCCCCGGACAGAGCCCCAGAUGUGCAGCUGAGAUGUGACGUCACUCAAAACAAUGCAAACUACAGAUUGAAUAGAGCAUGGUCGUGCAUCUAUGGAUAAUUCAAACAUGACCGUGCUCUAUUCGAAUUUCUCAACCAAUCAGAAUGCAGCAUAGCCAAUAUAGAACGUUCUCUAAUUCUCCAUAGAUGCACGACCAUGCUCUAUUCAAUCUGCAAUUUGCAUUGUUUUGAGUGACGUCACAUCUCAGCUGCACAUCUGGGGCUCUGUCCGGGGAUAGCUGUUCUUUUUUACUCCCUCCGUAACUACUGUAACUAUUGCAUACACUGUAUAAAAUCUAAAACGGGGAGUAAAAUAGAACAGCCCAAACAAAUUCUAAAAUUUUUCCGGCCGACUUCAGAAUCUUGACAGCAUGGGUAUUCUUCCUUCAUGCCCGUUCCACAGACACGGCUUUUACUAAUUUUUAUGUUUGAAUCGGAAUAAAUAAUGAUAGGCCAUUCAAUAUGGUGAAAUUCAGCACUCGUUGGACAGAAUGUUAGUACAAAUGCACUCACCUUCGGUUCGUGCUUUGUACAACAUUCUGUCCAACUCGUGCUGAAUUUCACCAUAUUGAAUGGCCUAUCAUUAUUUAUUCCUUAAUUAGAGAACGUUCUAUAUUGGCUAUGCUGCAUUCUGAUUGGUUGAGAAAUUCGAAUAGAGCACGGUCAUGUUUGAAUAAUUUAUA